AUGGUUGCAUUGAACGGGUGCUUCGCAACGACUCCCGACAUCUCCCUCCGAUUCACUUUCAUUCUUCUUUUCGACUUCACUUCCAACAUGCGCUCUUGCCUUCUUCUCCUUUUUUCAAUUUUCAUCGUGUUCGCAUCGAGUCAAUCUACAUCUGAUGCUCUCUAUUCAUCAUCAACUGAAUCCGUGAUAACUUCGAAAUACGCCAACUCAUCCCCAACUUCUUCUUCUUCCUCCUCAUAUGGACCUAUUGGAUCAUCGGAAUCGACUGAAACUCCUGGAACCGAUGGAACCUCCGGAACGACUAACAAAGUCUUGAACUCUCCAACAUCUGAUUCUCUGAACUUGGAUGACGUGGAAAAGUUGGUCACCUACACCACCAAACAGAAAACAAUCUUCAUUGCAUGCUGUGGCGGAACCUUCGUUCUUCUGAUUGCUCUUGCGAUCCUCUCCGGAAUGUCGGAUACCAUUGCUCGUUCUCGUCAAAAGAACUCCAGAACUCAUGCAUAA